ACAACUGAGCCAAUGUGCUCCACUGCGAUCCGUCCUACCGACUGCGGUGCCUGGCAACAGAAAAAGACGUGAUGACGUCCUCCCCAGAUUGCGUAUUAUGGGAUGUGCGGAAUUAAACAACCAGAAGAGGACACGGGGAAGCCAAAAAUAAUAAAAGAGACAGAAAUAAACGAGGUGCAUGGUGAAUCAUGGAGCUCUCGGCUGUUGGUGAGAGCGUCUUCGCAGCCGAGUCCAUCAUAAAACGGCGAAUCAGACGGGGUCGCUGGGAAUAUCUCGUGAAAUGGAAGGGCUGGUCUCAGAAGUACAGCACUUGGGAGCCGGAGGAAAACAUUCUGGAUGCACGUCUCUUCGCUGCCUUCGAGGAGAGGGAACGCGAAAGGGAGCUGUUCGGACCGAAAAAGAGGGGACCCAAGCCCGAGACGUUUCUCUUGAAGGCCAAAGCGAAAGCCAAAGAAAAGACGUAUGAAUUUAGAGGAGAGGUUCCCAGGGGGAUCCAGGUUUCCUAUCCCAUCCCGGAGCCUGUCGUAACACCGAGGGCCCGGGAGGGUUUGCGCGCCGUGGUACCCACAAUCUUCCCACCGAGCGCGGUUAACAGAGGGGAAAGUGUCCACAUCCGAUCACUUGAACCAGAGAGGAGGCCCAGACCGACUCCCCCGGCUGCUCUGACACUCCAAGAAUCCGUGCGCCUCCCCAAAAAGAGAGGGCGCAAACCGAAGCUGCAUUUACAUUAUGAUAAAGAUGACGACAGCAGCUCAGCAGAGCCGUACACCAAACGGAGCAGGCUGCUGGAGGAGCCGGGGUCACACGGCUUGUCCAAAGUGUCCCGACGCUUGCACCAUCACGGAGAGACGUCGGACCACAGUCUCAUACAGCUGACCAAGAGGUUUCAGGAAGAGACCACGAUAACGCCCAAAUCCUGCAGCGAGCAGAGAUACGUGGGGGGCGCAGGCUUGUCGUACAGCCGCGCAUUCAGUCCAGAUGUGCACAGAUGCGACCAGGGGGGGCACAGGAGUAGUUGUGUGAUGUCUCUUCCUCAGUCCAGGAAACCAAAGCACCACGCCGAAUACCGGAGACAGCAGUUAAAGGACUGCUGUCCUGGCCCCGCUGUCAUCCCCACACAGGCCGAGACCAUCCACGACUCGUCCCCGCGGUCGGCCUCGUCCUGGACCCCCUGUUUCGCCAACGUGGACACUGUGACCGUGACAGACGUCACCAUGAACUUCUUGACAGUCACAGUCAGAGAGAGCAGCACGGACAAAGGCUUUUUCAGAGACAAAAGAUGAGUGUGUGCUUUGGAUGGAGCUCAGAGGAGGCUCAUGUAUGCUUUUAAAGAACUGGCUAACAAGCUACUAACUAACAUGCCUACUGUAAUACUCUAUUUUUUCUAUGUAACUUUCAAACUUGUACAUACAAAUAUUUAAUACGCAGCAGAGAAAAAUUAAAAAUGAACGUGACAUUGUGA